UGGCUGUACACUGAAUACUUUGGCUGUGGAAAGCGUGGAUAAAUUCAAAAACUGACCAAUCCAAUCCCCUGUCACAUGACAGAGUCAGAGGCAGAGAAUGAGAGCGCGAGGGACGCAGAGCUUGAGCUUCGACACACGAGCUUACACAACGCCACACAACGCUUUACGCCCAAUUUGUUUUUAAUUGAAACAUUUUACUCCCGCUCGGUGAGUACAUUUUUCCUGACAUUUUCGUAACAUAUUUUUUAUCCUCUUUUUCUUCUUUGUCUUGGUGUGUCGACAUGGGAAAUUAUGGUUUUACCCGUGUUUUCUCAUUUUCUGCAUGCAAUGAUUUAAAUCUUGGACGCACAAUAUUGGGGCUCCGGCGACAGCCGCUGAUAAAUACGUGCUCGCGGACCUUUUGGUAUUUUUUUCCCACUCAGAAUCAGCCCAAUCAGAAAUAUUUAUUCUUUCUUUCUUACCUUUUCUUUGUCAUGUCUUAUUUUGGUGUGAUUUUGGUCUUUCUCCAUGUUCCUGCUGUUGUUCUCAGUGCUGAAAAUGUAGUGUUUUGAUUUUCACCUUAGAGGAUUUUCUUUUUGACAUAGCUGGCCCGUGCGUGUGUGUAGGAUGACUGGUAAGACCCAGACCAGCAACGUGACCAAUAAGAAUGACCCUCGCUCCCUCAACUCCCGGGUCUUCAUCGGGAACCUCAACACGGCCAUGGUGACCAAGGCCGACAUCGAGGCCAUCUUCUCCAAGUACGGCAAGAUCGUGGGCUGUUCCGUGCACAAGGGCUUCGCCUUCGUGCAGUACGUCAGCGAGAGAAACGCCCGCGCGGCCGUGGCCGGAGAGAACACCAGGGUCAUCGCCGGACAGUCGCUAGACAUUAAUAUGGCAGGUGAGCCUAAGCCAUACAGGCCAAAGAUUGGUUCAAAACGGACUCUGUCGUCUAUCUACAGUGGUUAUGAAUUUGACUAUGAUUACUACCGGGAUGAUUUCUACAGCAGACUGUUUGAGUACCAGGGGCGUGUGCUGCCCCCCACCAGGGCGGUGAUCCCCAUCAAGCGCUCCAGAGUCGUUGCCCCGUCCGCACGCAGAGCAAAAUCCUCCUUCCCCGUCAGGACCUGCUCGUCUUCCUCCUCCUCCUCUUCCUCCUCUCGACUGCUCACCCCAGGGUCCCUGGCCACGGGUCCUCGGUUGAAAUCCGACCAGCUCCUAACCAUCAAACGGGAGUUGUCUCAGAUCAAGACCAGGAUUGAUUCCCUGCUGGGGAGGCUGGAGAAGUUUGAGAGGCAACAACGCACAGGGCCUGAGGCCCAGAGGAAACAGGAAAUGGUAUACGAGUCUCUCCAAGGAGGGACCGCAGAGCUGUCUGGAGAAGAUGACGCAGAAGGACCUGUGGAGGUGGAAGUGGGGGAAAUGACGGAUGGCGGUGAAGAUGACUUUGACGAUGAUGGCACCAACGGCAUGGUGAAUGGAUCGAUAUCAGUCUACUGUGUAAUCUCAAGUCUGAAUAGAUAGAAAACCACAUAUCGGACAUAGAUAACUGAACAGGUUUAGGUUAACAAAAAGAAGCAUUAUUGGGAGCUGUAAGACCCGAUACCAGCAGCAUCAGACCAUCUGGCCUGGAGGACCUUUAUUGUGAAAGGGAAAUGAAGAAGAAAACGACUGCAAAUAAGAGACUCAAAAACGUUGCGCUUGUUGACUUUUAUUACGACAUUGGUAGCACUUGAGAGCUGUGUCAUUUCUUUCUGGGCAAAUGUGCUCAGACCAUAAGGCAAACAUGAAUAACUCGCGUUUUCUUUCUUCAGUGGUUGGGCAGGAAUCAUUCAUAUCAAUCUGUUAUGGUUUAUUUGAUGUAUAAGAAAGUAAUGUUUCAUAAAAUACAACGUAAAGUAAUGUCUCUGCUCUGUUGUCCUCUGUCCACGUUGAGAAGAGAUGAAAUAUGUAUUUUUUGUUGGCAAAAUCAAAAUGACAUUUCUUCAAGAUGAGAAGAUUGUUUUGUCAGGGCUGUGGAUGGAAAAACAAACACAAAAGGCAUUAUUAUGGAUUGUUUCUGUUCAUGGUUGGCAAAAUCUAAGCUAAAGACUUUUUAUGUAGGGGCGGCACGUACAGUAGUUGGGAAUGUGAUGACUAGUAUGUGUCUUUAUUUGUUCUGUUGUACAGUCAAUAUAUUAUUCAAUGGAGUAAACCACAUUUUGAAAUAAAUCUUUCACUCUGCAACUAUUCGCAGAUAUA